CGCGCGGCGGGCGGGCGGCGGGCGGCCGUCAGUCGGCGCUGAGGCGCGGUGCGGUGCGGGUCGCUCCGCUCCCCGUUAAACUCCCCCCCCAUCCUCCGGGCAGCGCCGCUGCUCUGCCCCGCUGCCUGAUGGAAGAGAUGGAAGAGGAGCUGAAAUGCCCGGUGUGCGGCUCCUUCUACCGCGAGCCCAUCAUCCUGCCCUGCUCGCACAACCUCUGCCAGGCGUGCGCCCGCAACAUCCUGGUGCAGACCCCGGAGGCCGAGUCCCCUCAGAGCCGCCGCGCCUCAGGCUCGGCCGCCUCCGACUACGACUACCUGGACCUGGACAAGAUGAGCCUCUACAGCGAGGCCGACAGCGGCUACGGCUCCUACGGCGGCUUCGCCAGCGCGCCCACCACCCCCUGCCAGAAAUCCCCCAACGGCGUCCGCGUCUUCCCCCCGGCCGCCCCGCUGCCACCGCCGCCACCCUCAGCUUUGGCUCCUCCGCCACCUCCCCGCAGCGCCUGCCUGACGUGCCCGCAGUGCCACCGUAGUUUGGGCUUGGACGAGCGCGGCCUGCGAGGUUUCCCCCGGAACAGGUUGCUGGAAGCCGUCAUCGACCGCUACCAGCAAGGCCGGGCGGCCGCCCUGCGCUGCCAGCUGUGCGAGAAGGCGCCCAAGGAGGCGGCGGUGAUGUGCGAGCAGUGCGACGUCUUCUACUGCGAGCCCUGCCGCCUGCGCUGCCACCCACCACGGGGCCCGCUGGCCAAGCAUCGCCUGGUGCCGCCGGCUCAAGGCCGGGUGAGCCGGCGCCUCAGCCCCCGAAAGAUCUCCACCUGCACCGACCACGAGCUGGAGAACCACAGCAUGUACUGCGUGCAGUGCAAGAGCCCCGUCUGCUACCAGUGCUUGGAGGAAGGCAAGCACUCCAGCCACGAGGUCAAGGCGCUGGGCGCCAUGUGGAAGCUGCACAAGAGCCAGCUCUCCCAGGCCCUCAACGGGCUGUCGGACAGAGCCAAGGAGGCGAAAGAAUUCCUGGUCCAGCUCCGCAACAUGGUGCAGCAGAUCCAGGAGAACAGCGUGGAGUUCGAGGCCUGCCUGGUGGCCCAGUGCGAUGCCCUCAUCGAUGCCCUCAACAGGAGGAAAGCCCAGCUGCUGUCCCGGGUCAACAAGGAGCACGAGCACAAGCUGAAGGUGGUGCGGGACCAGAUUUCCCACUGCACGGUGAAGCUGCGCCAGACGACGGGGCUGAUGGAGUACUGCCUGGAGGUCAUCAAGGAGAACGACCCCAGCGGCUUCCUGCAGAUCUCGGACGCGCUCAUCAGGAGGGUGCACCUCACCGAGGACCAGUGGGGAAAGGGGACGCUGACGCCCCGGAUGACCACGGAUUUCGACCUGAACCUCGACAACGCCCCUCUGCUGCAGUCCAUCCACCAGCUGGACUUCGUGCAGAUGAAAGUUUCCUCUCCAGUGCCGGCCCCGCCGAUCCUGCAGCUGGAGGAGUGCUGCACCCACAACAACAGCGCCACGCUGUCCUGGAAGCAGCCCCCCUUGUCCACGGUGCAGGUGGAGGGCUACAUCCUGGAGCUCGAUGAUGGCAACGGCGGCCAGUUCAGGGAGGUGUACGUGGGGAAGGAGACCAUGUGCACGGUGGACGGGCUUCACUUCAACAGCACCUACAGCGCCCGCGUCAAGGCCUUCAACAAAACCGGCGUCAGCCCCUACAGCAAGACCCUGGUGCUGCAGACGUCCGAGGAAACGCAGCCAGAAGAGCAGACCCUCCCUUUUCCAGUGCCUUUGGAAAGAUUGCAGCUUCGUAGAAUGAGUCCUUUCUCCUCCACCCUUAAUCUACAACCCAGCUUUCCGGGGAGAUCCUACUUUGAGCUAAGAUCUUCGGCCCACCAGCUGAGCUUGCAUUCUUCUUUACAGUCCCUGAAUUCAGCCGGAUGCAAUUUUGAGACCCAAGGAACGCCUUACUCUCAAUUAGUUGACAUUAAAAAAAUGGUGGCAGUAGCUUGGUUCUCCUUCGACCCUUCGUCCGCCCACGCCGACAUCAUCUUCUCCAACGACAACCUGACCGUCACCUGCAACAGCUACGACGACAGGGUGGUGCUGGGCAAGACGGGCUUCUCCAAAGGGCUCCACUACUGGGAGCUCUCCAUCGACCGCUACGACAACCACCCCGACCCGGCUUUCGGCGUGGCUCGCGUCGACGUGCUGAAGGAUGCCAUGCUGGGCAAGGACGACAAGGCCUGGGCCAUGUACGUGGACAACAACCGCAGCUGGUUCAUGCACAACAACUCGCACACCAACAGAACCGAGGGCGGCAUAACGAAAGGCGCCACGGUGGGCGUGCUGCUGGAUUUGACCAGGAGGACCCUGACCUUCUCCAUCAACGAGGACCAGCAAGGGCCCGUGGCCUUCGAGAACCUGGAGGGCCUCUUCUUCCCCGCCGUCAGCCUCAACAGGAACGUGCAGGUGACGCUGCACACCGGGCUGCCCGUCCCCGAAUUCUACGCCUCGCGCUCGGCCAUGCAGUGAGGCAGCUCCCCGGGGCCGGCUGCCUCUGCUCGGGGCCAGAGGAGCCAGCCCGCUCCCUUCUGCGGCACCAGAGGCCUCUGCUCGACGGGGGAGGCGGAAGAAAAACACAAAAAAACGUGAAAAAUACAAAAAAAAAAGGGCAGGAAGAAACUGGCUUUCGGCAGUCUUCGUUCGCCACCCGCCUGCGCUGUCCUGUGUGUGUGCGCUUCGCUCCUUCGCUCUUGGCUGAUCCACUAUAGCUAGGUAGCCCGAGGUGUUGCUCCGUGUCCGCUUUUAGGUUCGGUUUUCCUCAUUUUGGUUAAGGUCCCGGGAGAGGGGGGGGAGGCAGAUUUGUCUCGUUUCAGAGGGCCGAGCUGCAGGACGGGGCCGGCCGCACGGCGGGGAGAGGGACCCCCCCCGGGAAGGCUUUCGCCCCUCCGGUCCCACGGCUUUGCAGGGUCCCGUGGCUUUGCAGGGUCCCACGGCUUUGCAGGACGUUUCUUUCCCCGUGGCCUUUCUUCCAGAGCACCUCAAACACCCCUCGAGGUGGGGCCUGGAUGUCCAGCGGGUCCUGGGAACUCCCAUGCGCCCGCCCGCCUCGCCCCCAUCUUGCUACAGCUCCCCCCGCACGCAGCGGGACCCCCCCAGGAGCAGGGGAUUGGUGUGGAUCAUUAACACGGGGCGUUAAUUAACGCCACCGGACGCGUCCCACCGCCCCCCAAAGCAAGCACCCACCCUGUGCCCCCCCUUUCUCACCCCCGGCUCCCCGCGGAGCGGCGCAGCCAGCACCCCACAGCCAUACGCCGCGCAGCUCCUGGGAGAGGAGCUCUUUAUUUUUUUACACUCGCCGGAUAAAAAAACCUCGCCUUAACUACCCGACAGCCUCCUUCCCUUCCCCGGAGAGCCCCUCCUGCAGCGAGGAGCCGAUGGGGGGCACGGGGACGGGGAAGAGAGGACGGGGAGCUGCCCGCAGCCCUGCCGCGCACUCAGGGACCCGUGCCCGCCACCCGCCGCCCGCUCCCCUCCUCUCCCAACCACCCCCGUGCCCCUCGCUGGCGAUUUGGGGGGGGCAGGAGAGGAGCUGGUGGCCACCAGCCCGCUGCCAGCACGUGCCCCUCGCACCGAGGGCGACUGCAUGCGCUUGUCCCCACGCUUGGCUCCCCCGUCCUUUCCGCGGUGCCGGUUUCGCUGCCCGGCGUUCGGUGGCACAGCCACAGCCCCCGGUCCCUCGCCCCCACCCCGGGGCCGCAGGAGGCCCCGUCCGUGGGUCCUUCCCCUCCGGGACGGUGCCGUUCGUUCGUUCCCUCGUGGCUCUAGGAUCACACUGAGCUAAUUUAUUGCAGGGGUGCUAAUCUCCUCCUUUCCCCUCCGACGGCGUUUUCUCAGCUGCAGGAGAGCCGUGUUGCGGGCCAACGCCGAGCAGCUUUUUGGUUAAUUAAUUCCCCACCAGCCCCCCCCAAAACCCUCCCCGUGGCCGGGUCACGGGGCCCAUUUCUCAGCCCUUUUCCCCCCAACCAACCCAUUCUUUAGGAUGUUCACGGUGCUUAUUAGACUCCUCGUGGUUGUAAGACGUCGCCCCCACUGUAGCGCGGUGAUAGCUGCCUCCAGCUGCUGUACCCCCCAAAAAAAGUGUCAUGUUUGCUGUUCUAAUAAAGGACUUUUACCAGAGAAGGGCA